AUGGCCCACAAGCGCAAGCGAUCCGUCUCUGAGCUCUGCCCUUCUCCCUCCUCGGUCUCAUCCUUGGACUCUCCUCCACGACCUGGCAACGCUCUCAUUAACCCUUUUGCCAUCAUGGCUGCGGCACCUAUUCACCUCCAUAGUCGAACUAUGAAACGAUUUCGCGAUAGUCGACCUUCAGCAGAGACAAUUCAUCAACGUACACUCGACAUGUUAUACUCAGCACAGAACCAACACCAAGACGCAGAAGUCCCUUUCGAACAUACACAACCACCAUCUGAGACUACUCAGCCCGAAUCAAACCAACAAUCUCUCCAUCGGUUUUGGAACAUCUCUUCAGCCCCUUCGACAACGAACUCCAACCUCAACCAAACUCAACUCGCUCCUUCGAACUGUGAUGACUGCGGUGCUGGUCUAAGUGGUGGUGACGACGGGAUGGAGAUCGAUGGGCUUGAUAACGAAGAUCACUCAUGCGGUGCCUGUGACAAGCAUGUCUGCUUCAGCUGCUCUGUGAGCAACUUGGGCGAGCAGCGACGUUGUUUGCAAUGUGCAGGUCGAAAUGGUCAAUCUAGUCAACCCAGUCGCGCUGCUGGGAGCCGGCCCGCUGCUUCGUUCUUUUAA